CGAUUGUUUUCGCUUCGAUUCUCGCGACGAUCCGUCGUCUCGGCCGCGAAAUCGCUCUCAGAUACCGUUGCGCGGCUGAAUCACUAAUUUAAAGUGAUUCAUUCGAUCGACGUCGCAACUCGAAUCAUUCUUCGUGAAAUAUCGUCGAGAUUCGUAAAAAUUUCAACUUUUUUCAAAGUGAUGUAUCUUGGCAGGGAGCAGGUCGAGAAGAAAGAGAUUUUUAAAUGGAACAAUUUUAUCGGAAACAUGGUUUUCAUAGUUCGCGAGACGCUUCGCGAUCUUUUACAUUUUGUGAAAUUGUGUUCGUGAAGAAUAAGGGCAAAUAAAUCGAACGAAAGUGAGAAGUACAUCUACCUUCUGUAAAAUUCAAGGCUAGAACUGUAAAUACGCGGCGAGUAAAAGGAAAGAAAAUUGUGUAGCGGGAUAGAAUCCACGAGGGAACAGCGAGAUUAGUCGUCAUUGGGAAGCUCGAGGAACAGGGUUGCGAUACGCGGUGUGUUAACGCGCUCGUGAAAGUCUCGUGCAGCGAAGUGCGCAGAAACGCGAGUGUAAACGCAUUGUUCAAAAAUAGUCGGCGUGGUCGAGGGCCGCGGAGGCUGCGAUUCGACGAAAGUCUCGAGCGAUUCGAAGAAUCCAAAUUAAAGGGAACUCGGGAGAGGCACUCGCGGUUUCGCAAACUUUCCUCGCUGAUUAAUGAUCGUCGUUGGACGAGCGGCGAGCUUAACCGAGUAACGCGAGAAGAAGCGAACGGAGAAACGCGUCGCCUGCGAUUCGAGCGAUCGCAGUUCCUCCGUGCAGCGAUAAAUCGAAUUAAACGUUGAGACCCUCUCGAGAGAAAGACAAGCGCGGAGAGGAUGUCUCGUCCUACGCGAGAUUGUUUAUCCUCGCCGUUGCACACGCCGGAUACGAAUUUAUCUCACGAUUUUGCACGAUUUUCUCUAAUAUCAUUGGUCGCGUGAAUAGCUUGUGCCGAGAAGCUUUCGCAACGCGUUCGAAUCGAAUGAAUCGAUCGAUACAUCGAUCGAUCGCAGCAAGGGCAAACAACGAUGUUAAAUACGAAUUCGUGUCAAAGAGACGAGCGAUCGGUCGACCGUCGAUCCUGUUGGCUGGAUCGUGAUCAACGAUAAGGACCAGAGGGGAUGCAUCGACCCGCGAGGAACAAAACGUGGAUGACUCCUCUAUAAAUCUGUUAUUCGUAUCCCGGUUCUCUGCGAAAAAUUCAAUAUGGAUCGUAGCUUCAAAAACAACGCAGACUUCAAGAUGAACCAGCAGAAUUUUAAACUGAGCGAUUUUGGGAUCAAAAUGGAGCCGUGUUACGCGAUCGAGCAGUGCAGGACCGCCUCGAGGUACGCUCAAAUCGCCACUGCCCAGUCGCCGCGGCAGAUGCAAAUGAGAACUGGCAGACUCGGUUCAGGAAACAACGGUUCGAGUCCUCUUCGAGUCGGCUGCAAUCUUUCCCAGUUACCUUCGAACUGCUCCGCGUUAACGUGCAACAGUCAGCCACGAAGGAGUCCGAAUCGAUCGCAGAACGUAUCCGGGGAUCGAUUUCAAGCCGCCAGCCCGAACAACUUGUCCGGGAAUGUGUUACAGCCGGCCGUCUCCUCGGUCCCAUCUCCCGGCUAUUGGAACCAGUAUGGCGGACAGGAGAGCGGGUAUGGCUCGGAUGAAUUCGGUCAGGACUCUCCACGAUACACCUCCCCCAAGGCUGCGGCGCUCUACGCAGAUCCCUAUUAUAUCGAUGGGAACGCUGCAGGAACAGGUCCAGGAGAUCCAUGGACGGGAGGUGGCGGCGGUGUCCAACCUCCGUACAGCGGCUACGCACCCCCUCACCUGGCCCAACCAGCCUAUCCUAUGCACCUACCCCACGACCCCAUGGCAUACUCGGCAAUGUCACCGAACGGAGAACCGGCGGCGCCAAUUCUGGGCUCGGCGGUGACCAGUGCGGCCUCGCUGCCACCAAUGUCGACAUUCCGGGGUAGCGGCGCAGUUGCGGCAAAUAGUGGAACCGGUGCACCAUCCCCGGCAUCGUUGCAAUAUAGUCAUAGUCCUGGUGCACCGACUACCGCACCCUCCGCCCCCAAUUCCGCACCCACGACGAACCGACAACCUGCUACGGGGGACAACCUCGGCAUUUCUAUCUCGCAGAUUAACCCCACGAACCAAUCAGUAUCGAGUUAUAGCAGCAACCCAUCCACACCAGUCAGUUCGCCACCACCCUUGACUGGUUCAGCGCCAGGUUGGGUACCAGGUGCUGCACCAGUUUCUCCACAUUUCACGGCGGAUCCCAACCGUGGAACCAUUCACAUGCCGGCGCCUGAACAGCAGAGGCUAGACGAUGCCAUCGGCUUUCUUCGCGACCAUGCCGAGUUGGUACAGGGUACGCGGAUGGAGGAACGACUGGACGAUGCCAUAAACGUGUUGAGGAAUCACGCGGAGAGCCAAUUAGGUCUUCAUUUGGGCCCCGUUGCUCCACACGGUUCCAUCUAUUCCCACACAUCACCACCUCAACUAGACCAUUUGACGAGUCCUCAUCCUGCGGUAACAGUAACGCAACCUCAGGGCUCCUACUCUGGUCUGACGCCCACACCUGAUACAGACGGUUCCAUCAAAAUUGAAAGGUUACCUGUGACGAAUGCCAAAUACGUCUCUUUAGAAAAGAGAAAGGACCCGCCGGAUAGUAGCGGCGGCGAGACAAAACCUUCGAGCAGCGAGCUUGCAGCAGCCGGAGUGAUCUCUACGUCUCAAGGAAAAGGGACGAAAAGAUCGCGUAGAUAUUGUUCGAGUGCUGACGAAGACUGCGACGAUCCCAGCACCAAAGCGGUGCGCGAAAAGGAACGUCGCCAGGCCAACAACGUGCGUGAAAGGAUACGUAUCAGAGAUAUAAACGAGGCUCUGAAGGAACUUGGUAGAAUGUGUAUGACACAUUUAAAGACGGACAAACCUCAGACGAAACUCGGUAUUCUCAACAUGGCUGUCGAAGUGAUCAUGACACUGGAACAGCAAGUUAGAGAACGAAACCUGAAUCCAAAGGCAGCGUGCUUGAAAAGGAGGGAAGAAGAGAAGGCAGAGGAUGGGCCUCACCCUCAUCCUCUUCCCCACGCGCAUUCUCAGCGACUGUUCUCCGCGAUGCCUGGCCCACCACCGCCACUUCAAAACCAUACGACGCAGCCACAGUAGCACAUCCUGUGUUAAGGGGUAGAUACACUGGCUCACGGAAUUUGAACAUUUGACAUAGAAAAUAUUUAUGUUUAUAUUGUGUGUGAUAUAUAGAAUAUUUCGAAAUUUCACUAGCAUUGUAACGAGGCCCGACUGUCACGAUCACGUCGAUCAAAUCCGAGAUCAAUUUGAAAAUGUGUAUACAAGCUACAAGAUAUUCGUUGCAAAUAUGUAUUUAAUAAAAAAUUAUCAUACUGCUUGGAUAAUAUAUGAGAAGGACUAUGUAUGGUCCCACCGAAGAUAUUGGAGUUUAGUAAAAUAAUGAAUAAUUCAUUGUUUACUUACUUUUCUGAUCUUUGCGAAAUAUAUACUUGUACUAAAUAUCUUGUAAUUUCUCUCUCUCUCUCUCUCUCUCUCUCUCUCUCUCUCUAUCAUCUAUCUAUCUAUCUAUUUAUCUAUCUAUCUAUAUAUUCAGAUUCGUUUCAAACUUUACCGAUGUAACCAUGAUAGUCGGAUCUUGUUACAGUGCUAAUAAAAUCUCAAAAUGUUUCGUAUAAUACACAUAGUACAUUCAUAAAAGAUAUGUACGAAUGUUGGAAUACUUUCGUGAGCUUGUGUGCGGUUUCACCUCUCUAUACCCCCUCCCACUCCCCGAAGGCGGCUUCAAAUUAUUUUUAUAAAUAGCGAGAAAACAAAGGAAUAUGGUUCCUCUCUUUCGAGAUGUAAGAAAAAAACUUGUAGCGUGGUCGAGAUUUUAUUAAAACGAUCGAUCCCCGCUACUGGUAUACCCCGGCUCUUGUUGAAGUUGCCCACUUUUUUGUGUAUUGUAAACUAUCGUAUAAAGCACAAGUGCAAGGUUUCAGUAAAAAUGCAGUAUGUAUAGGUAAACGAUAGGGAAAAUAAGGAAAGGAGCAAAAGAAAGAAAGAAAUGCACGGAUCAUCUACCUA